UUUUAACUGCUGAGCACAUGAUCUCCAGUACACAGAGAUCCUUCCUUUUCCUUUGUUUUCUACUUGUUUUUCCUCAAUCUCUCCGCCUCCCUCUACCAUCUCGUAAAGCUUUUCCAGUCAGACACCAGGAUCUAUGUAGCCUGCCGGGUUGUUUGGAGUGAUCUUAUUUCAGAGAUAUCACAGAUAGACACAGCCUCAGCCAUUCUUAGAACUUCAAGUAGUAGGGAACAGGUUUUUCUUCCUCUCUAUUUACUGACAAAGCACACGAGAGAGAGAGAGAGAGAGAGAGAGAGAGAGAAAAGAGGCAGUGCUUCAGUGCGUGUGGCGAUUUAGCCGCAGGAAAGCACAGCAGGAACUUGCUCACACUCGAGUUACAGACUGCAGACACGCUCCUUCUCUCACAUGCGUGCUGUUAUCCGUCUUUCGUCAUUGACUGGAGAUCUGACCGUUGCGCGCCGCUGCAGAUCCGGGCGAGGAAGAACCACUGCAGCCGGCAAGGAUGCAUCUGGUCGUGGACUCCUGUCAGGACGUUGUGCUGAAGAUGCUGCCGUACUUUGUGGAUAAUGCAUUCGUCACACAGAGCCAGAUUUGUCACAUAUGAGUGUCGUUCCAGGACUGGGGUUCAAAAGUCUGAGAUCACACUUAAAAUCUGAGAUUCAACAAUUAUCGAAACCUUAAGUCUAAGCGAGAGUUUCUUCAUGGUGAAGGGGGCAGCGCUGUUUCUGCAGCAGGGUAGUUGUCCGCAAGGUCCGAGAUGUCAACCGCAUCAUAAACAUGCAGGUGACCUACCUCAGCAUCUACAGGUGAUGAUCAACAUUCUUCGCUCGGAGGAUCGAAUCAAACUGGCGGUACGGUUAGAGAGCGCAUGGUUAGAUCGUGUGCGGUACAUGGUGGUGGUCUAUACAAACGGUCGGCAGGACACAGAAGAACACAUACUGCUGGGCAUGGACUUCAGCAACAAAGACAGUAAGAACUGCUCUAUAGGGAUGGUGCUGCCCCUGUGGAGUGAUACCAAGAUUCAUUUAGAUGGUGAUGGGGGCUUCAGUGUGACUACAGCAGGACGCAUGCACAUCUUCAAGCCUGUGUCAGUCCAGGCCAUGUGGUCAGCAUUACAGAUCCUGCACAAAGUGUGUGAGGUAUCACGCAGGUAUAACUAUUUUCCCGGUGGCAUGGCCCUCACGUGGAUGGGUUACUAUGAGAGCUGUAUCAGCUCCGAUCAAAGCUGCAUCAAUGAAUGGAACGCCAUGCAGGACCUGGAAACAUUACGACCGGAUUCUCCGGCAGCCUUCGCAGACAAGCCAACGGAGAGAGAAAGAACCGAAUGCCUAAUCAAAACCAAACUCAGGAGCAUCAUGAUGUGCCAGGACCUGGAAAACGUCACGUCCAAAGAGAUUCGCAUCGUGCUGGAGCAGCAAAUGAACCGUAAUCUGAAGGAGUACAAAGAGUUCAUAGACAACGAGAUGCUGCUCAUCCUCGGCCAGAUGGACAAAGCCACUGUCAUCUUUGACCAUCUUUAUCUGGGUUCUGAAUGGAACGCGUCUAAUCUAGAGGAACUUCAGGAAACUGGGGUGGGCUACAUCCUGAAUGUUACGAGGGAAAUAGACAAUUUCUUCCCAGGAACAUUCUGCUACCACAAUGUCAGAGUGUACGACGAUGAGGCUACAGAUUUACUGGCACACUGGAACGAAACUUACAACUUCAUUGUCAAAGCAAAAAGAAAUCGGUCCAAAUGUUUGGUUCACUGUAAAAUGGGUGUAAGCCGGUCUGCCUCCACAGUUAUAGCAUAUGCAAUGAAAGAAUACGGCUGGUCUUUGGAGAAGGCCUAUAACUUUGUCAAGCAGAAACGCAGUAUCGCCCGUCCCAAUGCCAGCUUCAUGAGACAGCUGGCAGAGUAUGAGGGCAUACUUGAUGCCAGUAAGCAGCGCCAUAACCGUCUGUGGCAUCCUGAUUCUGAAUGUGAUCACCCUGACUGCCAGCAACUCGCUGGCCCUUGUUGUUUAAAUGCAGAGACUGUCGGUCACAUCACCAACAACCCCACAACUCCUGGGGUGACGAUAUGCUGUGAGCCUGCGGCCCACUCCUCUCCCAUCAGCCUGGAUCUGGACCCCGGCCACCCACAAAACUUCCAUUACUACUUCCGCCGUCUGUCCGACUCCGCCCUCGACAGCGAACCAUCCACGCCCCUUCAGGCACCACCUUUGGUGGAUGUAGGUCGCCUCUACAUUGAGGUUGCAGAUGUGGAGCAAGACGCGCUUCUCGAUGAAAGUCUUCCUAUACCCCACAUCGGCGUUCCCGGGGAAGGUACGGCCGCCCAGACUUGUUCUCGAGGGGCGGAGCCCCUGGAGGAACUACGUCUGCGGUUGGAGUUCAGCACGGUGGAGGAGGAGGAUGAGGAGGAAGCUCAGAAAGAGCAAGAAGAGAUGGAGGCGUUAGCAGAAGGAGCAAAGAGAGUAGAAAAUGAGGAGUCAUCGAGUGACAAGGGUAUCGAUCUUGCGAGCCUGAAUCAUCUUUGCAAUGAGAAUUCCAACAACAACAAUCACAUCAGAACACAACACCACCUCGCUGAAAGUGUCCAUCUACAGCUGCAGGCUAAGGAAAGGUUUGGUCCUGGCUCACCGAUCAUUUCCAAGCCCACCCAGAGUGCUCUGUUAGAGGCUAACAGACGAGGCCUCGCCCCUUUACCCCUUCACAGCGUGCCCAGUAUCUCCAUUCAAAUACCAGCCUGUGCCAACUCUGUAUGUGACAAGCAUGCGUCCAAUUCGUGCCUUGAUGCCAAUGCAAUUCCUUUGAGGCAUAAUGACGAGCCAGAAAGCAAAUCCAUCGAUGAUCCCAACCAGGAUAAUGGGACACCACAGCAGGUGAACAAGGCGGAUGGAGAUUUAAAGCAAAAAGAAAUUGGUACACAGGGUCUACCUGGGAAUGAGAGAGACAUUAAAGGUUCAGAUGUUACCUGCUCACCACAGCAACUAGAAACUCUAACGCAAUUGCAAAGAUCCGGGCUUGUUCGCCGCCGCACGGAACGCUUGGAAAAACUCUCCGGUCUUUUCCAGGAGCGUGCACGUGCGAAUGAGCAUCGUUGCGCUGAGGAUGCAACAAACAAUUCGAAUGACUCGUGUCGGACACGGACAGAUUUCUCCACUGAAGCUGCGGUGCCACUGACCAACGAGACCUUGCUGGCCGCUCUAGGUUCAGGCGGACUGACGCCUGUCUCGUCCCCGCACGGUUCCACUCUCACCCGCAGCUCCAGUAGCGACAGCCUCCGCAGCGUCCGCGGGAAACCGGGACUCGUGCGCCAGCGCGCGCAAGAAAUCGAGGCUCGAUUGCGUCUGGCGGGACUUACCGUACCGUCUCACCUCAAACGUUCCAACUCUCUCGCCAAACUGGGCAGCCUCACGUUCUCCUCGGAGGAUUUGUGUUCGGCAUGCUCCGAUGCAGAAACCCUUCUCAUGCUCUCGCUGUCUCCGGAGCCUGAGCGUUCCGUCAGCCCAGACUGGGCCAGAUCCUGGCACUCUUCCCCUCCCUCAACAUCCACCAACAUAAGUAGCACCUACCAAACGGGAUCUGGGGAGUCGGGGAGCUGACGUCAAAAAUGGGAGAUUUUAAAUGUAUCACGAUUUUUGGAUUUAGUUAUGCAACCAUUGGAGAAAUAUUUAUAUAUGUUUUGAACAUUUCAGUCACUUUUAUAAAGAUCUGUAAGGUCGCCUAAGAUGGGAAAAGUGUGUUGAGCAUUCCUUUGAAUUAGUUAUGGUUAUAAACAUAAUUUAAAGGUAUUGCGGAGGAUUUUCUUUUUCCGGGUGGAUCAUCAAGGCUAUUGGUCCUCCUAGUUGUCAAUCAGGAGUGUUGCGCAAUUGCAUUUUUUUUAAAAAGUGGAGAAGGCGGUUCUUUUCUAAAAUUCGAGAAAAUCCUCCGCUAUACCUUUAAGGAAGUUAUCCCAAAUUUUU